AUGAGUAGAAAAACACGUCGGUGGAUUUUCCAUUUCUUCCUCUCUCUUGGAAUUGUAUAUUUGAAAUUCGGGGGUUUGUCCUCCGUCGUUGCAUUGGGAGCAAGCAUAAUAUGUAACAAAAUUCCUGGUUUGGCCCCGCGUCAAAGGAUUAUCUGUCAAAGUCGACCAGACGCUAUCAUAGUCAUCGGAGAGGGGGCUCAGAUGGGGAUUAACGAGUGUCAAUUUCAAUUCAGGAACGGACGGUGGAACUGCUCCGCUCUCGGCGAGAGAACGGUCUUUGGAAAAGAACUGAAAGUGGGCAGUAAGGAGGCUGCAUUCACCUAUGCUAUCGUUGCUGCUGGCGUGGCUCACGCCAUCACAGCAGCCUGCACGCGGGGCAGCCUGAGCGGCUGUGGCUGUGACAAGGAGAAACAGGGGUUCUACAACCAGGAGCAAGGCUGGAAGUGGGGGGGCUGUUCUGCAGACAUCCGCUAUGGCUUGGGCUUCUCCAAAGUGUUUGUUGAUGCCCGGGAAAUCAAGCAGAAUGCCCGGACUCUCAUGAAUUUACACAACAACGAAGUAGGACGCAAGGUACUGGAGAAGAACAUGCGUCUGGAGUGUAAGUGUCAUGGGGUUUCAGGAUCCUGCACAACCAGGACCUGCUGGACCAUGCUCCCCAAUUUCCGUCAACUUGGCUAUUUUCUGAUGGACAAGUACAAUCAGGCUGUGCAAGUGGAGCCAGUCCGAGCUAGCCGCAACAAGCGCCCCACCUUCCUCAAGAUCAAGAAACCCCACUCUUACCGAAAGCCCAUGGACACGGACCUGGUUUAUAUUGAGAGGUCGCCCAACUACUGCGAAGCAGACCCUCUGACAGGCAGCAUGGGAACCCAGGGCCGCUUGUGCAACAAAACAGCACAGCAGCCCAAUAGCUGUGACCUGAUGUGCUGUGGUCGAGGGUAUAACACUCACCAAUACUCGCGCGUUUGGCAGUGCAACUGCAAGUUUCUGUGGUGCUGCUAUGUCAAAUGCAAUACCUGCAGUGAAAGGACAGAGGUGUAUACCUGCAAGUAA